CACGGAGCCUUUGCUGGAGGCUCUGCCACUAGCCAUUCCCCUGAUAGCAGUCCAAGGUUCUCUUCAAAGGUUUCUCUUCACGGCCGCCGGCCAACUCGCAGACCCCUGCGGAACCCGUGAGCCGUCCGAAACGCCAGACUCAGCACCAUCCUCGUGCCCCUCCACCUCCCAGAAGCUCCUCGGCGAUGGCGGUGAAUCGCAUCCGGGGCGCCUUUGCCGCGCCUCGGAAGGGCGAGACGUUUGAGCUGCGAGCAGGCCUGGUCUCGCAAUAUGCCUACGAGCGGAAGGAGUCGAUCCAGAAGACCAUCAUGGCCAUGACGCUGGGCAAGGAUGUGUCCGCCUUGUUCCCCGACGUCUUGAAGAACAUUGCGACAGCCGACCUGGACCAGAAGAAACUUGUCUAUCUCUAUCUCAUGAACUACGCCAAAACACACCCAGACCUCUGCAUUCUCGCCGUCAACACGUUUGUGCAAGACUCGGAAGAUCCGAACCCGCUGGUACGAGCGCUGGCCAUCCGCACAAUGGGAUGCAUCAGGGUGGACAAGAUGGUCGACUACAUGGAGGAGCCGCUGAGGAAAACGCUGCGAGACGAGUCGCCGUACGUGCGCAAGACGGCCGCCAUUUGCGUGGCCAAACUCUUCGACCUGAACCCUGCCAUGUGCAUCGAGAACGGCUUCAUCGAGACACUCCAAGAGAUGAUUGGGGACCCGAAUCCUAUGGUAGUCGCAAACUCGGUCCAGGCAUUGGCGGAAAUCAGCGAGACGGCACCCGAGACGAGGGCGUUGCUGGUCACUCCUGCUGUGCUGAAGAAGCUGCUCAUGGCCAUGAACGAAUGCACCGAAUGGGGUAGAAUCACCAUCUUGACCGUGCUGGCAGAUUAUAUUGCCGCCGAUGUCAAGGAGUCGGAACACAUUUGCGAGAGGGUCAUUCCACAGUUUCAGCACGUCAACCCUAGCGUGGUCUUGGCUGCUGUCAAGGUGGUCUUUAUCCAUAUGAAGUCAAUCAGCCCGGAGCUCGUGCGGUCAUACCUUAAGAAGAUGGCGCCUCCUCUCGUCACAUUGGUCGCGUCUGCGCCAGAGGUGCAAUAUGUUGCCCUCAGGAACAUCGAUCUGCUCCUCCAAGCCAAGCCCGACAUCCUGAGCAAGGAACUGCGAGUCUUUUUCUGCAAGUACAACGAUCCGCCAUACGUCAAGAUGCAGAAGCUGGAAAUCAUGGUCAGGAUAGCAAACGAGAAGAACUACGAGCAGCUCCUUUCCGAGCUGAAGGAGUAUGCAUUGGAAGUGGACAUGGACUUUGUGCGCCGAGCCAUCAAGGCCAUCGGCCAGGUCGCCAUCAAGAUCGAGGACGCCAGUGCCAAGUGUGUCCAGGCGCUGGAAGACCUUCUCGCCACCAAGGUCAACUACGUGGUUCAAGAGGUCGUUGUGGUCAUCAAGGACAUUCUGCGAAAGUACCCCGGUUACGAGGGAGUGAUUCCUUCGCUAUGCAACUACAUUGAUGAGCUCGACGAGGCCAAUGCUCGUGGAUCACUUAUCUGGAUUGUUGGAGAAUACGCGGAGAAGAUUAGCAAUGCGGAGGAGAUUCUCGAGGGCUUUGUCGACACCUUUUCGGAAGAGUUUACUCAGACCCAACUGCAGAUUCUGACAGCCGUUGUUAAGCUGUUCUUGAAGAAGCCUAGUGGAGCGCAGAGUCUGGUUCAAAAAGUACUGCAAGAGGCUACCACUAACAACGACAACCCUGAUAUCCGUGACAGAGCAUAUGUCUACUGGCGAUUGCUAUCAGGAGACCUGGAGGUGGCCAAGAGCAUCGUUCUGUCACAAAAGCCGACCAUUUCAACAACAAUGACAAGCUUGCCCGCUACCCUUCUGGAGCAACUCUUGUCGGAGCUGUCGACUCUUGCAUCAGUAUACCACAAGCCUCCCGAAGCCUUUGUUGGCAAGGGCCGAUUCGGCGCCGACGAAAUCCAGCGGGCCGCCAUUCAAGAACAGCGCCAGAACGCCGCGGAGAACCCCAUCGCUGCCUCUGUUGCUGCGGCCGCCGCCAAUGGCUCUGCCUCAUCGCAGAGCAACAUUGAAAACCUGCUCGACAUCGACUUUGACGGCGCAGCACCGGCGUCUCAGGAGCAGGCGAGUGCAGCGGGAACUCCUGACCGGGUGUCAAGCCCAGCCACGGGUGGUAUGGCCGACAUGAUGAGCAUGUUUGAUGCCCCUGCGGCCAGUGGCUCUUCUAGCGCGGCGCCAGCUGGUGGCAUGAAUGAUUUAAUGAAUGGGUUUGAGGGGCUCAACUUUGGAGCGGCGAAUGCAAGCCAGCCAUUACCGGCAGCGAUGCAGCUACACGGCGGUUCUGAGCCUAAGAAGGAUAGCGAUGAUCUUUUGGGUUUGCUGUAGAUGCACAUUGACUUUGAUAGGCAAAGAGGUCAGCGAGCAAAAAUGGGAGAAGAGGAGCUAGGGAAAUGGCAUAUAUGGGAGAUGUCGAGACGGGGUGGAAGGGGGUGGCUUCGGAUGUUGGGAAAUAUAGUUAAUAAGUGAUGCAUAUUUUGAUAUCUCUGAUAUAUAUACAAGUUAUGAAGAUAUUUUGAGUUAUUCGCCCUCUCUAUAUCAUAAUCUUUUGGGGCAAGUUUGCUCGAUGCGGCAGGGCUAUUCCAUGGUGAUGUUAUCCAAGUAAGUUUUUGACCAGCCCUAGUGGAUUGCCCAUGGGUGUUUGCCUGGGCAGGCUAUCUUUCUGGGCUUCAUCUUGCUCCAUCAUGUAUAUCUUGCGCCCAUCUCUCGUGCCACGGUCAGGCUGAGUAUGCAACAUCCUUGAUCCCCUGGGUAUAUUGGACUUGUUCCCCCCUCAUUCUUCACUGCGACGUCCCCUCAACGUGUCCCCCAACCGUGCCCUCCAGCGACGGCGCAGCAGUAUCCUUCUCCUUGUCCCACUCCUGCGGCG